GUGUGUGUUUGUACGGCUGGAAAGUAAAGUUUUUACCAUAAUUUUGCAUUCGCGUAAAGGCGUAAAACACCAACGCGCGCGCGCGGCCGCUCACGAGGUGAAGCAAAAGGUAAACGCAACCGAGGAGUACGACGCCCGGCUGCACGUAACCAUGGCGUGCCAUUAGGAUUUCCAUUUCCAGCGGCUCGACGCCAGCCAGCCGGUAAUAUACCCACACACCGACCAGUCGAUACACCACAUGCAAAUCGCGAACCGCAAGAAAAUUCGAUGCACAUUUCAAUCUCCAACUCAUCACCAUCUCCAAACAUUAAAAAAACAAAAAAAACUCAAGUGAAUAAAAAAUUUAAAAACUAAAACAAACAGCUGUGAUAUUUUACUAAAUACUAAAGAACCAGUGCGUGUAUUAAUUAGCAUCAAGACUGAAUUAAUUACUAAGUGAAUGUUAUCCACUGCCAAUUUGUGAAAUAUUCAAUAUUUUACCGUGUAUGGCCUCUGGAAGGGUGGAGGAAUACAAAAAACACUCAAUGUCAAAACAACAAAGAUAACACAAGUGAUAACAGCUUAUCGCGUUGGGUAAUUAUACAAUACACUUAAUACACCUGUCUCGCAGCGAAUUUUUACAGUUUGCGAGGUGAUAUCUGUGCGUUCCGAACGUGAAAUUCAAUAAAAUCUAAAUAUCGUGUAUUGAUUAGUGUGCUGUGUUUAAUCAUGACAUCGCUAGAUAACGGCAUUACUGUAGAAAUGCCGCAGUGGAAGCGCGACCUGAUAAUGAGACGUCGGGCGCAAGCACAAGCACAAGCAGAGACAUCGCCAUCAGUCAAUAAACAGCUGGACAGGGUCUGCUGCUGCCGAGGAGGAGGUGUAGUAGGAGGAAGUAGUGGUGGAGGUGGUGGCGCGUCGGUCGCGGUCGGUUGCCGGCCGCCAUUAGGCCAUCAACCUACCAUCGGCAGUGUGAUCGCGAGCGGCAAGAGUGAAACGCGUGCGUGUAGCUGCUGCUCCCCAUUGACGUUCGGUGCUGUUAGUUCGUCGUCGCCGACCACGUGUUGCGCCGACACCGUCGACAUGGUGCAUCUGCACACGGACAGUGACUCCUCGGAGGAGCUAGCGUACGGUCCCGGUAUUGUCAGUAAACUGAAGAAUCGUUAUUUGAGUCUGACCCUUCGUGAAACUGUCAUCAAGCGACGACCUUCGAUUCUACGCAAAGCGACAUCAUUGGAGAAUUUAUUGGAUGAAGAUGUUUAUACGAAUGAUAGUAAAUCCGGGUCUGGGCAUGGGGAUCAGGAUGGCGAGAAGCAGUCAGCGCGGUUGUACGAAUCGAGAACGAACGGGACCAACGGGAAUGUGAAGAAUGUCCCGUCGUCGAACCGGUAUCGUGGCGCGACGCGCGGCAGCAUGAAGCGAGCGCGUUCGGUCGAGGCCAUUUCGCGCAUCUACAGCCCGAAAGGGGACCCACCAACGGCCCCAACGCAGACCCAAACCCAACCAUCAAACAACAGACCAAAAUCCAUGCAUGAAGAACUCAAUGGCACCUUCGCCAUCAACCCAAUCAUCACACCACGCAUGAAUAAACCCAAGAGAUUAACUCCUGUGAUCACAGAGAAAGAGAAACCACCUGCUGAUGUGGUCAAGCAAGCGAAGAAGAUAUUCGAAACCCGCCCGGAGAGUCGAACCAGACCUCCACAGCAUACAGGAGAGGUUGCCGCUAAAGUAGCCACCUAUAAAACCAUCAUUAUACAAACCAAACAGGCGAACACCAUCACAAGUAAACCGCCGAUAAAACAGAAACCUGUAAUCCCAUGCGCAGAGGAACCUUUACUAACCCACAACAUCACACUGCGGAAAAAACCUACAAAGUUAAACCUAAAGUCUUCCAAUAACACCAUGACCUCACCAUUGACAUCUCCAAAUGGUAAUAUUCUUAGUCCCACAUCAAAUGGUGUGAUCCAAAGCCCUCUGAGUCCUCCAGUCAUCACCCCGAAAGCCCUACAAAGUCCCAUCCCGGAUGUCUCUAUGGUUAUACAAGAGGAAGAGGAUAAAAAGACUUCGUCCCUAUCGGAGACACCCGAUUUGAUUCUCCAUUCUAGUCCAGUGCAUGUACAAAAAGAGAAAGAGAAGGAAAAAGAAAAAGAGAAAUUUGAUAAGGAAAAAGAUAAAGAUAAAGAAGUGCAACCCGUGAUACACCCCGAACCAGAGCUCAAAAAAUCCAAGACAGAACCAUUGACGCUGGACAUCACCACGUACAAAUCACCCGUGAAUAAUCGCGAUCCGGUGCUGGUGUUAUCACCGCGCGAAAUCGAAAAGAACGCCAUCAAUGCCGCGUGCAACGGUGUUACGAAACCAGUCGUACCUAAUGUGAUAAACAACAGUCUGCCGCCACUUCCGGCCGCGCCGCCGGUGAUAACCCGCACGAAGGAAGUUGUGGUGGAGGCGCCGCCGCCACCCAAGGCGAAAACACGCAAAUCCAAGCAAAAUCAGCAAUCUGCUGAAGCUUCUUGUAUUGUUUUUAACUUUUCUGAUAGAAAAGACGUGCCGGAUUAUAUUGGGAACGAUGGAUGUGUACGGACACAACAUAUUCCUAUGCCAAAGGCUGGUGAAGGUGGAAUUACGUUAUUACCAGGAUCAACCCGACAGGAUUACUUUGAUGAAGAGGAAUUGAGCCUGGAAGGACCUCCAAGUCCGUGUGACGUGUCGUUUAUCAAUGAUAACGUGUUAAUCGAUGGAAAAUCUAGUCUUAGUAAAAAAUCCAAGAAAUCAAAGUUGCGAAUACAAUUCGUCGAAGCCAUCCCCCAGGUGUUUGAAUACCCAUCAGAAGCAUCAAUGCUCAUCGAUGACACACCAGCCCUAAAUCAACCCCUCGGUGGUACCACAGUUCCUUCACUCAGCGGCUCGACGCUGGCCAACUACACGCCCAAAGGCGCCGCCAAUGAGUUUCAACUUGGUGUCACCAAAGCACCACCACCGCCGCUCCCCACGGACAUCCUCGCCAAAGAAGACGAGGAUGUGAUAGAGCACGACACACCCAUGCUCUUCAGUUCCGGGACGAACGCCGACAUUCUCUUCUAAUUUAUAAAUCUAAAUCUUUACUUCAAUUGAAUUCAACUUGAAAAUUUUGUUUACUGUUAAUUAAUUCAUGAUUACAUCGAACUGAUACUACUGCUUCGUCGUACAUUCCCUACGUUUUUAAUCAUCAUUGAAUAUUUGUUUAUGUGUUUUGGGUAGCCUAGUUGUUGUGUUGCGAUGCAAGCUGUAUUAUAGAGAUAUUUAUUCGUUAAGAACGCUUCUGUCUAUAUUACUGUAUAAUAAAUGAGUAUAUUUAAGUCAGUUUGUAAUGUUUUAAAGGCAAGCAAUUGUAUUAUGGAAAUUUAUGUAAUGUACUAUAACUUAUACGAUAUACUAUGUCAAGUUUAACUGAAAUCAUCGAGUUUUUGAUAUGAAAAGCUAUAAAAGCGAUGCAUGUAUGCAACCAGUGCAGCCAUCUUGUAAAACUUUUAUACUUUACUAUACAUAUUCGUACGAUGCAAUAAACUAAACGAUUAAAUCAAAA